AUGUCAUCCGACGACAUCAAGGAGGAAAAGGGCCGUGACCCGACCGCCAACGCCCUGGCCCAAACCGCCUCGUACGGCGAGGGCAAUGUGCAGGACAUUGACGACCCUGCCGUGCGCGACUUCUACGGCAGCUGCCUGAGCGACUCUUACCGACUGAAGUCUGAGCUCGUCAGCAAGCAACUGACGGAAAUCGGCAUGGGCAAGUACCAGUGGUGUCUUUUCGUCGUCACCGGCUUCGGAUGGAUCACCGACAACUUCUGGUCGCAGGGCAUCUCGACGGUGCAGCCCGCCAUGGCCAUGGAGUUCGCCGACAUCACCAAGCGGUCAUACAGCAGCGUCGCCUACUACGUUGGCCUGAUCCUGGGCGCCUCCUUCUGGGGCAUCUCGGCCGACUUCAUAGGCCGCAAGCCCGCCUUCAACGCCACCAUCCUGAUAGGCGGCAUCUUUGGCUGCGCUGUGGCCGGCGCCCAGAACUUCAUCGCCUUCUCCGCCCUCUGGGCCGUCAUCGGCACCGCCGCCGGCGGCAACGUGCCCGUCGACUCGAUGAUCUUCCUCGAGUUCGUGCCCGGCAGCCACCAGUGGCUACUGACCGCCCUGUCGGCCUGGUGGAACUUCGGCCAGGUCAUCGUCUCGCUGAUCGGAUGGGUCUUCCUGGCCAACUACUCGUGUCCGUCCGGCUCCGACUACACCACCUGCUCCCGCCGCGACAACAUGGGCUGGCGCUACACCAUGAUCACCCUCGGCGCCCUCGCCCUCGCCUUCGCCAUCAUCCGCAUCUUCGUCUUCAAGAUGCCCGAGAGCCCGCGCUACCUGCUGUCCAAGGGGCGCGACGCCGAGGCCGUCGACGCGGUCAAUUACAUUGCGCGCUUCAACGGCAAGCCCGAGACGCUGACGCUGGCCAUGCUGCACGACAUCGACGUGUCGCUGGGCAUGGCGACGACGCCGACGCCGACAGACGCCGACGUAAAGACGCAGAAGCUGUCCCGGCGCGACAUCAUGCGCGAGAACCUCAAGGACUACAAGGGCGUCAACUACAAGAGCCUGUUCGCGACGCCCAAGUUCGCCUUGCACACCAGCCUGAUCUGGCUGAUCUGGCUGACCAUCGGCAUCGCCUACCCCCUCUACUUCGGCUUCCUCCCCUCGUACCUCGAAACCAAAUUCAGCGCCGCCACCUCCCUCGACAUCACCUACCGCAACUACUGCAUCGUCUCCGCCACCGGGGUCCUCGGCCCCCUCGCCGCCGCCUUCCUCGUCGAGCCCCGCCGGCUCACGGUCGGCGGCGGCCGCCGCAGCAUGAUGGGCCUCUCGGCGCUGCUCACGGGCGUCUUCCUCUUCGCGUACACGGCCGCCGCCACCGAGACGCAGGACCUCGCCUUCCAGUGCGUCACCGGCAUCCUCGGCAACUUCGAGUACGCCGUCAUGUACGCCUUCACGCCCGAGAGCUUCCCCGCGCCGCUGCGCGGCACCGCCACCGGCACCGCCGCCACGCUGCUGCGCGUCGGCGGGCUGGUGGCCGCCGUGGUGAGCGCCAACGUCGGGUUUUCGACCGUGCCGAUUUACGUCAGUGCGGCGCUUUGGGUUGGGGUCGGCGUCGUGUGUGUGGGGUUGCCGUUUGAGACGGCGGGGCAUGCGGCUGUUUAG